AUGGCAUCCAUCACCCAGUGGCCGUACGGGUACUGCUUGCGCAUGCCCGCGGCCCCAGGGGUGGUCCGUCAAUAUCCCCAGCUUUGGCCGUCACAAGCUGUCUUGGUCCAGCAAAGGCUCCGCUAUGAAGCUCAGGAGUUCGUCCCGUCAAAGCCCACGACCAACCAGGGCAACCCCGUGUUCAUGUUUGCGAGCCCUUCUGCAUCUGUCGGAGGAGGCUGCAGCACGAAGUCGACGGAGGACGGCGGUGACUCCUGCAAAGAGGGUGGCGCUGUGCAGCCGGAGGCAAGUCAGCCGGUAGGUGAAGAUGGCGACGUUCAUUUUGGGGUGCAGGCGAUGCAGCAGAAGAAAUCAGGGAAACGACUUAUCAAUGCUCGGCUCCCCUUGAAAAGGCAAGGUGCCAAGCAGCAGGAGGUUUCUUGUCUCCCAGCUGAGGAAUGGGGCUUGCGGGCAUUGGAUGCUGUUGAGGUGACAGUCCAGUCCAGAUGCCUCGAGGCCGAGAUUACGCGUACCUUGCAGGCAGACGGUGCCGGUGAUCCGCCAGCACCAGAGCCCCUCAGUGGAGAGCCUGAGUUCAUCCCCGCAACUCCCUGUGCAGUAGCUCAAGCCACUGGGUGGCGGCUGCGGACGCGCUCCGAUGAAUCAGGUGUAGAGGUUGAGAGGAUGUUGCAGCUUGAUCCAACAGCCAUGGAUCUGGUAUCAGGGGAUCGGUCGUGCUGCCCAGCAAGUGAAGCUGCAGAGGCAGAGCCCAACACUUAUGGCAUCAUUGAAUUCAAAAACUCCCACAUGCACGAUGAAAAGAAGCACGAUCCUGCCAUCGCCCGAAGCAGCCAGGUCAGCAUUGAAGAGCAGCAGGUGGCUGAUGUUGACAUCUGGGCUUCUCCUGCUUUCACCGAUGUCGCACACGAUGGUUCAGAGGACUCGGUUGCACUGCAGUCUAGUCCCACAACAUCUCCGGCAGCAAGUUCAGUGCUUGGAGCACCGUCUCUGUAUGUGCAGCCAGAUGACACCCUCCCUUUCCUGGUUGAGCCUGGUGUCGAGUACGAUCGAGGCUGGGUCAAAUACAAGGAUCCAGAAAGCGGAGAAAUCUGGUUCCACAACGAACUCACGGAUGACUACUUCUUUGCUCAGUACAGCCGUCAGUGGGGCUGGCUGCCCUACGAAAGCAAAAUUGGGCAGCGGUGGUGGUGGCACGACAAACGCAAAAGCUUCUUCUUCGAAGGCCUGAAGUAG